CUCAUCAUCCCCCUUCACACACAGGCACACACACACAGAGAGAGACACACACACUCGCUCACGUUGAGCGGACAGGACGCUUACCUGCGCAGUUCACAGCAACAGCGGAGGCGAGCACCAUCGGCGUCUCGUUGCGUUUCAACGCGGCCAAGUCAAGGCACGAGACGGACGUGAGACAGCUGACCCGGUGACAUUCCACGAUGGGAGCCGGGACCAGAUCUGAUGGUGGUGGCGGCGGCGGCGGCGGCGGCGGCGGGGUCACCUUGGCCAUGCACGUCAUUGGGUUUGCACUGUCCACGCUUGGCUUUGGCCUCACGGUGAUGGUCAUCUAUCUCAACUGCUGGAGCAUCUACAGCCACGGGCCCGGCACCUACAUGCAGAGCGGCCUGUGGAACAUCUGCGUGAGGAAUGCCAGCACGGAGCGCGGCGAGGUCUGCAGGCAGUUCUACACGGCGUUGUCGCAGCCCAGGUUCUUCCAGGUGGUGCGUGCACUGAUGCUCAUGGCCGUGGCGGUGGGCGCCAUCGCGCUCUUCGUCUCCACGCUGGGCACGGCGUGCGCCCGCCGCUUCAGCGAGCACGCCAGCACCAAGACCAAGCUGACCUGUGCUGGCGGUGCCCUGUGGCUGCUCUCGGGUCUCUGCGUGAUGCUGGCCGUGUCCCUUUACGCCAACUUCGUCGUGAAACAGCUGUACAACCCGCUGGAGCCCUACGGCGUUCGGUUCUCGUUCGGUGCUGCGCUGUACACCGGCUGGCUGGCCGGCGCCUUCAUCGUCAUCGGCGGCGCGCUCAUGGUUGCCGUAUUCUUCAGGAAAAAUUCCCUCCGGACGACGUACAGAUUCGUCAUCACUGACAUCAUCGCGUCCCCUUAAGGAGCAGGCGAACCGACAGCCCACGCUCGCAGAGGACACUUCUAGACCGGGCGGAGAGAGGUUCAAGUUCCCACACUCAUCCAACCCUCGUCCUCAAAGGCGGCUAAGGGAGCAGCAAUGCCGCCUUAACCGCGCGGCAAACACAGAGCACCAUUGGACUAACGGUUGUUUACCGCCGGGCUCGGUGAGCGUGGUCCUUCCAACCCAUCCGUCUGUUCGUGGCUUGGAAUGUCACGGAUUCAUUUGAACUCUUUCCCGUUGCCGAGGCAUCAGCAAUUUGCAGGGCGUGGGGGGGGGAGGUCCCCGUUUACCGCUGAAUCUCGGGACGCGCGAGCGGUUCGCCGUUAAUUUCAUUUAGAGGGGGCAUAGUAGCGCCGUUGUUUUUUCAGGUAUCGUUACUCGCCGCAGAGAACCGCAGCGACGCGACCUGCCGCCACUGUGCCGCACGCCCUCCCGCGUGGCCUUUCACUUCCGAUUCCGUUCCAAUGACGUGCGCGUACGUACACGCGCGUCAUUGGAAUGGGAAAGGUUUUAAGAGAGCUGCGCGCGUCCUGAUGUGUUCUUGCUGGGCGUCGCGCGUUGUUGCUUGACACGCGCGACGUUUCCGCCCGCGCACUGGGAGCUUCUGCAGGAGGCGAAUAUUUCCGAGCGGCCUGUUGUUCGGCAUCGAAGUCUCGGCCACUUCGCUUUCACGUGUUUUGUGGAAGCUUCUUCGGUCACUGUUGGUCCAGUUCACGACGCGCCUGGAGCGGAAGGUCGGGAUGAUGUGGCCAAACGACACGCUGUAACAACUUCGAUAACACGUCGGAGCGUGCGGGGCAAACGCGGAAACCUACCCAGUAGAAUGUGCGCUGCGGGAUUCCUGAUGUAUGUUAAGUAAAUGUUUCAUUUCAUUGCAAUAUAUAGCACAUGUAUAUAGCAAAUACACGGGUACAAAUUAGCAAAUGGCGAAUGAUAUGCUUUUGUGAUUUCAGGCCGAAGUGUGUAUAGUAGGAACUGUGAUAGUGAUAAAUUAUUUUAGGAAAACUAUUUAAUAUUUAAUUUGCCCCCUCUUUUCGCUCCUCCGAUGAAGACCGCUUGUGUUUCGAUCGAAAUGUCGUGGGUUUCUAUUUGUACAUUAUAAAUGUUAUUAUCUUUUAUUUAAUUUUAGUAUCGUUAAUUCUCAUGCGUACUUAUCACGUAAACCACCAUAAUUUAUUAAACCUGAUUUGCAAUGUCCAUAAUGAUUUUGUACCUGAUUAGUGUCACUGUGGAGAAUUUUCAGUUCCAAAAUAAAUAAGUAGACCUUACAUCUGUUCCUCCACGUAAUUACAGUUGAUCAUCGAUUAUCCGGCUUCCAACAUUAUCCGGCGAUCCCGGACCGAUCCGGCAAACCGGCAAAAACCGCUCCAGUCAGGCAUUCGUCAAACACACAUGGUUGUUGAAACAAGAACGUAGUACCUACAUCACCGCACGCGUAGUCUUCGAGAUUGGAGUGGCAAGUACUGCAACAGUAAAUACGGUAACUUUUUUACAGUAGGAUAUUCAUUUCUUGUCUAUUUGUACGUUUAUUUAUGCCAAUUUCAUAUAGUGAACACAUUUAAACACGCGAAAAAAUAUACAAAACACCUAAAACAUAAAAUGUGGCACCCAAAUCCCCCCGAAGCCACCGGAUAAUGCAUUACAUGAGCCACAUGGCCUUCUCGUCACAAGCAUUGGCUCGAGCAAACUUGGCCGCUGAUGAGGCACCGAAUGUAAAAACCAGUUUAGAGUUUGCCGCAUUGAACCGAUGUUGAUGAAACGAUGCAUUCUCAGAAGGCGGUAUAUCUGAUGAGUUGUGCAAAACAUCACCGUUUCUUUUUUUUAAACGGAGGGACAGAUAUUCGAAGGAGGCAUAUUUUCAACUGAUUUACUUUGUGCGUACGUGUUUAUAUUCGUGAUUGAGGAUAGGAAUGUAUACUGUUAUCUUUAACAGUUAACGAUUGUACCUAAAUCAUCGUCGUCAGCCAUGGCCAGUCCACGAGUGGAUGAAGGCCUCCACAUGCUGUGUGCGUCUUGGGGGGCGGAGGUUGAUUGACUACACUUCCCCAAGCUCAUCAGCAUGGCUUGGUGAAGGUGAGGGAGCAUAGCAGACUUUGCUGCGCCGUGCUCUAAGUCGCUCUCGCAAGCCCCUAUACCAACCUGCUUUUGUACAGAGGUCGACCAUCCACACUCGCAAGUGCUGUUACCGAUUGCCCACGAAGGCCGACAUGGCAAUGGUGUGGCCAAAACCACACAUGUCUCCUUCAUUGGUGUGUUGUUUACACACCGCGCCAGGUACUGCACUGGUUUAAGGCUGAGUCUACCUAGGGAAGGCCCAGGACCGGUUCAUAUACCACUCGCCACUGAUGUUGGUCGUGAGCGGGAAUCGAACUGCCACUCUUCCAGACACUCGCCACUCACUCGGCAAGGUUGCUGCAAUGCAAUGGUAAUAUUUUUUUUAGAUGAUUAUUGCGAUCCGUAAUAGAGUUUUUUUGGGGUUAGACCGCUGAUCAAUAAGGGUUGUCACUUAAAGAAACGUGGCAAUUCUUUACUAGUUCAGCACACAGCGGUGUGUUGGAGAGUAAACGAACAGAAUUUACAAUUGCAAACCUUACCAAUUAAUGGUGCCGGGUGGCUAUGGGUUUAACGACGCAUUCAUAUUUAAGUGAUCUAACCCAAACAACUUCUACGUAUUAAACUGGUUAUUGCAAUAUCCGUUGCCCAUAACUUUGUAUUAUCAUGUUAUCGUCUUGUUUUUGUGCUUUGCUGUACUACCAAGUACAAAUAAAGACUUGAAAAGAUCUUCAACUGCAGUUCACUCAAUAUAAGCACGAACAACCAUCAUUGUGCGUUUCCUAGAAGUACAAUAUAUCCAUAAAAUAUGUUUUUUUUGGGUUAGAUCGCAUAAAUUGCAAUGUGUCCAUAAAUCCGCCAAAACAUAUCCAAUUCGUUACUAGUUCAGCAUGCCGGUGUUCGCUGAUUGGUGAUGCUGGUUGUUGUAAUUACUGGCGAAACGUCACAGUAAUCGAAUUGUAAAUGUAGUGGGUUUACUCUCUAACACACCGGUGUGCUGAACUAGUAACGAAUUGGCCACGUCCGUUUACGUGACAAACCUUACUCGGUGGCUGUUUCGUGUGGUGGCGAGUUUCACGACGCAUUUAUAUUUACGCGCUCUAACCCACCAAACCACUAUUAUGGAUAAUAUUGGAUGGGGCAAUGCGUACGAAUGAUCCUCCCUACUCUCACUGGACA